UAACCUCCCCGCUUCCCCACGCCACCGCCUCCAUUCGCCCCCAUUCUUGUUUGCAAAGUUCUCAUACCAGCCUAUAGAUAUAGAACUCCAAAGGAGGAAAAAGAACAGGCUGUGGUGCAAGUAGAAGAAGAGAGGCUCGAAUACUCUAUCACUCUAUCCAACCAUGCCACUUCGCCCUCGUUUCGCCUUCGGCCGGACCGAAGAUGCCGUCCACCCCGACACCAUGCGCGCCGCCCUCUCUGAGUUCAUCGGCACUGCCAUCUUUGUAUUCGCCGGCGAAGGCUCCGUCCUUUCCCUCGAGAAGCUGUACAGGGACACCUCCACUGCCGGCGGCCUUGUGAUGGUUGCCAUAGCCCAUGCGUUGGCCUUCUUUGUUGCAGUCUCCAUCGCCUUCAAUACCUCCGGUGGGCACAUCAACCCGGCUGUAACCUUUGGUGCCCUUGUCGGUGGCCGGAUCUCUCUCAUCCAUGCCGUUUACUACUGGGUGGCCCAGCUCCUUGGAGCAAUCAUAGCUUCACUUCUUCUAAGGGUCACAACGGGAGGCAUGAGGCCGCUGGGGUUCUCACUGGGAUCAGGCAUUGGAGAGUGGCAUGCAGUACUGCUUGAGAUCGUGCUGACGUUUGGACUGGUGUACACCGUCUAUGCCACGGCGAUCGAUCCGAAGAGAGGCUAUCUCGGCACAAUUGCACCGCUUGCCAUAGGCUUCAUCGUCGGAGCAAACAUCCUCGCCGGCGGUCCAUUCGAUGGUGCUUCCAUGAACCCGGCACGGGCUUUCGGUCCGGCACUUGUCGGCUGGCGGUGGAGGCGCCACUGGGUGUACUGGCUUGGGCCUUUUGUGGGUGCCGGACUUGCAGGGCUUACCUAUGAGUUCCUUGUGAUCCCGACGGAGACUACUCCCCAUGCUCACCAACCCUUGGCUCCUGAAGAUUACUAGAUGUAUAGUUUGAUACGAAGUGUACUAGCUUGUUUGAUCUGUUGUUUUGUUUCUGCUUCAGUUAUUUGGUCGUGUAGAGUGGUUUGGAGAACGGUAUUGCUAGUAUGGGGCCAGAACUGAAUGCCAUCCUCCUUCCAUUGUCUGUAGUUAUCACGAAUGCACUCUCUUUUGUGCCUGCUAGCGUGUGUUUUGUUGGAUGAUGAUGAACUAAUAAUUGCAUUUUCGAGUUCUGGC